GGCUUGGGACUUUUGUGCAAUAUAAAUACAAGUCAUCGUUAUAAGAUUAUUUAUUAUACAUGAAUCUCACGAAAUUGUCAUUGUCAGGAGUAAUUUUGAAACGAUUAUUUAUCAUAAACAAUUGCAAAAUAACGGGGAAUAAUGUCAAAACUUUCGCGUGUGCCUUUAAUUGCUAUAUCAAGUGAAACAACACAUUUAAUUUCUAUUCUAUUAAAUCCACCCAAAGUCAUUCCAUCGAGUAACGGAUUACUUAGAGACUGGAGAGGAUUUGCACAAGUAUGUGCUGUGGGAGGCGAAAUUUUGCCUGCCAUCGCUGCAGAUUCGGAUCCGACUUAUCGCAUUUUGAGUAUUGUACAAAAAAGAUCUCAAGACUUUACGUUGCAACAUUUGAAAGAUGCAUUGGAGCACAUUGAAAGAUGGGAUAUCGUCGAUGAUUCUCAACCAUACUUAGAUAAAGAUGCAAAUCUAUAUCUUGAAAGAUUACAAAAAUCUGAAAGCACAGCGGAAGAGAAUAAUUUUAUUAUAGAUUCAGAAAUACUGACCCUAGAUGAUCAAUUCAGAAUAGAACGAGGGCAAAAAAAACAACAUUACGAUGCAUUUCUUUUAUACGCUGACGAAGAUAUUGAUUUUGUAAACGAGGUAGUUGAAAAUUUAGAGAGAAAAAAUAAUUUAAAGCUUUGUUUGAAAGAAAGAGACUUGAUUGCUGGAGUGACAUUUGAGCACGAAGCCAUAAUGAGGUUAAUAUCGGAACGUUGCAACAGACUCAUUACUAUUUUAAGUCCCGACUUUCUAAAGAGCCCUGCAAAUAAAUUCUUUUUGAAUUUUGCACAAGCUACCGGAAUAGAUAAAAGACAAGAAAGAAAAAUUAUCCCAUGUAUUUAUAAGAGUUGUGAACUGCCACCGCAGUUAACAUAUUUUUCUAAAAUUUAUUACAAGAAAUUUUCAUCUGAAUUUUUCUGGGAUAAGCUUAUUCGUUCAAUGAAAACCGUAAUAGAUGUUUCAAAGAUUGAAAGCCCCGUUGAGAUAGUCCAUGAAAUUUCUGCACUAAAAGAUGUAAACAGUAAUGGUUUAACUUUAAAUGAAUCUAACGAAGAUGACAAUACGAAAGAAAACUCAUCCGAAAGAACAUCAAAAUUAAUAAAAUCCAAUUAUCCAACAAUUUCAAAAGCUAAGUCAAAUCAAGUGUCUAGUCAAGGUGAAGUACCUACAACAUCGGAAUCCGUUCCUCCUCUUCCGUCGCUUGAUAAAUUAGAUUCUUUAGAAAAUUUCGAAAGUUGCACAAACACAACAAAACAAAAUAGUAAAAAGAAAAAGUUCAUGAGCAAAUACGUGAAAAAAGUACAAUCACUACUUCCAAAAUCUUAAAUCACGUUGCUUUCAUUUUUUAUGAAUU